AUGCUUGCAAAAUACAUCCAAGAAAACUGCACUAAAGGCACAAUGAUUAGAAAGAUGUCCGCUUUGGCCACUAAGAUGAGAGAAGAGAAAGGCGCUGAAGCCAUUUAUGAUAUGACAAUUGGUAAUCCACAACUCCCCCCACCUAAAGAAUACUUGGACGCUCUUGUCAAAAUAGCUCAGGAAGAAAAGCCAAUGUGCCACGGAUAUUCAACAUCAAACGGUGACUUGGUUGCAAGAGAAACUAUGGCAGAAAUCGUCGACCAAUUUGAGGAAGUCAAAUUGACGGCAGAAGAAAUAGUAAUGACAUGUGGUUGUGCUGGUGCGUGUAAUGUCUUCUUACGAACUGUGCUCGAAAUUGGCGACGAAGUCAUCAUUUUUUCGCCAUACUUUUUGGAAUACCCAUUUUAUAUUGAAAACUAUGGUGGUGUCCCUGUCAGAGUGAAUACACGAUUUGAAGACGGAUGGCAAAUUAACAUCGAUUUGCUCAAGGAAAAACUCACAUCAAAGACACGUGUUGUCAUCAUCAACUCCCCCCAGAACCCAACCGGUGUUGUAUAUACACAAGAAAAGAUUGACGAAGUUAUGGACUUGCUUAGAGAACAAAGCGAGAAGAACCAAAGACCAAUUUGGAUCUUGAACGAUGCUGUGUAUUGCAGAGUCGUCACAAAGAACGCCCCAAAGUUCUCUAUUUUCCAUAAAUAUCCUUAUGCUGUUAUUGCUUACUCACUCUCUAAAGAUGUUUCCAUUGCAGGUGAAAGAGUCGGCUGUCUUGCAGCAAACCCAUUGGUACCAAACUACCCGGACUUGAUUAAGGCAAUUGCCACAUCAAACGAAAUUCUCGGAUUUGUUCACACAAACAAAUUGCACAUGAGAAUUCUGCCACUAGUCGCGCAUGCUAUUGUCGACUUGUCGCUCUAUGACAAGACCAGAGAAAUGAUGUGCCAGUGUCUCGACGAGAUGGGGAUCAAAUAUAUCAAGCCAGAAGGUGCUUUUUACAUCUUCCCAAAAAUUGGCGAGUACGACGAGUGGGAGUUCUGUAAGACAUUAGCAGAAAAUGGCAUUGUAACAGUACCUGGUAGUGCGUUUGAUGCUGAGGGAUACUUCCGAAUCUCGCUCUGCCAACACCCCGAUGUCUUCAAGGAUUGCAUCCCUGUGUUCAAGAAUGCGUACAAAGCAACCAUUGAGAAACUGGAAGCCGACAAAAAGAAAUGA